AGUCAAUGAAUUUUGUUGUAGUAAAUAAUAACGAUGUUUACAUUCGAUUUAUAUAUUCUAUGAAAUAUUUUGGAUCAGUUUUCGUUUUUCCUAUUGUUUAUUGCUUACGUUUCUAAUUAUCCGUUAACAAAUACAUGUUUACGAUAAACUGAGUAUGGCAGGUCUAUAGGGACCUACAAAGUCAGGACAUGGUACGGGAAAAUGUAGGUCGUGCCGCAACUCUGGCUUUCUCUAUACGGGAAGUAUAUGACUCGUAAAGCACUGGCAGUUCGGUUCUAACGGACAUCCGCUCCAUGAUCGACCUAGCAAUCGGCACGCCCGAGGUGGGUGUGGUGGACUUCUGCAUGCUGCACACCGUGCUGCACUGCCUGGCGCAGCAGCUCAACGCCCUGGACAAGCCCGUGGAGCUGCUGGGCGUCGCCACGCCGCAAGCCGUGCCCACCAGCAAGGACAUGCAAACCGUUGCCAUCACCGAGUACAUCGUCGAGACCGACACCGCUGCGCCCAUGAAGCCCAAGUCAAUCAAACCACCACCGCCACCUGCCGAGUCUACGCUUUUAGUAGUGGAACGUGUCAAAAAGGAUGCCUCACCCUUGACCUCUGCGGAUACCACCGGGCUGAAGGCAAGGCCCGAUCGAUCAGCAGCCGGCAAAGCCAGUGGCAGGGCUGCUUCGGAAGGUCAUGAGGAAGGUAUACCUGAAGAAGAAGGAGUGCAUGAAGAAGUUGCAAUGGGGGAAGAAGGCAUAAAGCACCCAGAGCCCCGGCAGAUGACAUCCUCGGAAAAACUGUCUUUGGUGACAUUAAGCAAAUUCAACCUGCUGGAGAACGCUGUUCAAGACCUCAAGGAUCGCGUGUAUGGUAGUAUGCCAAAGAACGAGCAGAUAUUAGAGGAAGUCAGAUCUCAAACAAACAUGAAGGCAAUUACUGACAUGUGGACAAAUUUGAACGUGUCGUCCCGACUAGAAGCGGCCGAGACGGGGCUGGCCAAGCUCAGCUCCCUGGUGGAAGACCUGAUCAAGGAAGGGGGCCAGAGACCGAUAAGUGCGGCGUUACCAACGGUGACAGCGACGGCUACAUCGCCGACGACGCUCGCUACCCCGUCGCAAACUGAACAAUUGCAAGAUGGGCAAUUGGGGCCUCCUUACCCAUUGGAUGCCCUGGCCGCUGAGACAGCCCACGACAGGGACAUGAUGCUGCACCAAUUAAGUCGCCUGCGCGCUGACAUCGACCUUCUAAACAAAACCUUCUAUGACGCCAUGCAAAGCCUCCAGAGCAAUUUAGAUCUAAAGGAACAAAUCCCAUUGCCGCCACCGCCUCAGCCUGCUCCAGUAGAAGAGCUGCUUGCCCCGCGUACUCCGGCCUCGCCAUUAUCAUCACCAGGUCGACCACCAACCACCACGGAUGCCCGCAGUGCGCCGGCGUCGCAUGGGUCGACGGGAAUGUCCGCGGCCCUCACGGACCGGUUGGCGCAGCUCGAGCAUCGCAUCAAGGAGUGCUGCGAGGGCAUGGGCAAGGACAAGGGAACCGUCCAGGAUCAGUUGAAUAAUUUCCAAGACCAAAUUGAUCACCUUAUGCGUCAACUUGGAGCUCUUCAUGAAGACCUCGGCGUACUCAAGCUGUCACCUAAUUUAGCUAAAGAUUUGGAAGGUCUGCUGCAGCUGUACCAGACCGUGCAGGACAUGCAGGAACAGCUGCACCAGGUUAACGAGGUGGCGCGCCAGCUGGCCGGCGAAAAGGAUGACCGCCAUCAACAUAUUAAAGCACUUCUGGAACAAAUCGAAAUCCUUAAAACAAUCAAAAUGGACCGAGAAGACAUGGCAGAAGCGAUGGCUGAGAAAGCGGACCUACGCAUGUUAGCGCGGAAGGUUUCUCACGAUCAGUUUGAGAUGGCUUGUGACGACCUCUCCAGAGGACUGGAACACGCCCUCGGGAAGCUCAACACACAGGAAGCACUGUGGCAGCAGGUGUUGGACGACGUGCAGCGCGAGAUAGAGAGCAAGCUGGACAAAAUGGAGCUAUCUCCACUGAAGGAAUUCUUCGAAACCAAGUUGCGCUUAUUACAAGACAAUCUGAAGCAAAUGGCGUCACUACGCCGAAAUGUGGAGGCAGCGGGCACCAAGAGGCGAUUGCUAAGAGAGGUGAACUGUAUAUCUUGCGACGCGGAUGCUGUGAUGCCAUUAGAGAACACCGCUGCAAUAGCAAGCAAGCCUUUGCCUGCCCAUCUAUCUAUGAAGCCGUACCUCAGCUACGAACUAGAUACCAUUCGCAAGACACAGGCAAGCAACCUGCCGCAGCGUAACCUGCACGACUGGGAGACUAUAGAAAAGCAAAAGGCUCCGAAAGCACCCGUAAAAGUUAGAUCGGAUACGGACAAGCACAUCUGCAACCGCUACUGCGGCGGGUCGCACACGACGACCACUCCGGCGCAGCGCGUGGCGCGCACCGGCCACUUCAUCAAGCAGUGGGGGCCGGACGUCGUGCCGCUCUCGAGCGGCCUGGCAGCCGGCGACGAUGGCAGGCUGUACAAAGUUACCACCACGGAGCACGCCAACGUUGGACCAGGUGGAUCAGUGGACCCGAAUUGCACGAAAAAGCCGAAGUCGCCUGAACCUUCCAAGACGCAGCCGAAGGCGCCAGUCAUAAUUCUAAACAAGGAAUGUCGCUGCCUGGACGGGGGCGCUUAACCUCUUAUGAAUGGAUAUGCUGAAGUUUUUUGGAAUAAAACUACACGGUUUCAUAAAAUCACUGCAUUUGCGGACAUCGUAAAUUACUAAUAUGUAAUUCUUCACUAAAUUAAAGACUAUAACUUCCAAA